AUGGCGAACAGUGUUGCUUCCCGAGCGGUGUUGGCUGCCAAGAACACAGUGAUGGUUCGUGAGAGUAUCGAUAAGAAGGAGGACGAAGCCGUGAAGUAUUGGAGUGAACGCAAGGAGAGCAUCGAGAAGGAGAUAGGUGACCUAAGCCGUCAAGCAGAUGAGUAUAGAAGAAUGUUGGAUGAGAUUGACAAGAAAAUCAGCCGCGGAAUCGGACAGGGUUCCCAGGAGGCUGUUGUGGGAGAGAAACUCAACGUAGUAAUGAAUGCUACGGACGAGUUGUAG